AGCAAUUUUGAACAGAUUUCGUUGCGUUUCCUGCAAUUUGAAAAUGAAUGCAAUUUUUAGCUGCAAUUUGCGUGAUGGUAUAAAGUCACCUGUCACUUCACGAUUUUUCUCACUUUUGGUUUUGAGACCGAAACUUGACAGCUACCAAAACCAGUCAUGAUGAACAAAUUCGCACUCGGAUCAGUUCUCGCCCUAGUUUUGGCGCUCACCUCCUCUGCACUGGCCGGGGAAGAGUGCAUGAAGAAAAUUGAGGCUGGAAUCAAGCAGUGUGUGGCGGAUAUGAAGUUGCCACCAGCGGACCUUGCGUUUGAUAAAGAUUUUGCUCAGUAUUCAAAUGGAACUAAGUGUCUGCUGAAAUGCGUCGGUGAAUUCAUUGGAGUGUAUAAAGAUGACAAACUUGUCGAUUCAACACUCACUACCAUGACGAAUGACUUUCUGAAAGAACACCCUGAAGAGAAAGAAAUGACCGGAAUUAUUUUGAAGGAUUGCAAAAAUAUUUCCGAAGCAUGCCCAUGUGCGACUGCAGCUAAAAUGUUCACCUGUGCCAGAGACAUUGCCUCCCGGUUCACGAAGGGAAAAAUGCAGAAGAAGAACUAACCGGAAACUCAACACGUUUUGCACAGCAGUAGAAAUUCCUUUGAAGAUAAGUAGCCCGAAAAUCGGUCCUCCACUCUUUUAUAAAUUCGGUUUUGCGCUCGAUCGAGUGUAAAAUCCCACAUUGCUGCUGUAAGUCCUGCUCACUCGGCAAAUAAAACUUUUUCCUUCAAAGCAAACAAA